AACAUAUUCAAACAAAGUGGACUCCGCCGCCGGCCAUGGACAAGAGAAUGAACCAAUCAUCAGUGAAAAAUGAAGAAUUUGAAGAAGAAGAAGUAUGGUCUGUUCUUAAAGAAGGAGAAGAGGUAAAACCCAUAUCUGAUUCAACCCAAGAUCACAUUUUUAUAGCAUCAAAGCGUUUCCCUUCAGCAGCUAGAAUGAUUCGGAGAUCGUUGGGUUCUGAACAACAAUCGGUUCAAUCGGCGCCGGUCAAUGUCCCUGACUGGUCAAGAAUCAAUGGGAAGAAAGUUUCAGAUGGAAGUGAAGAAGAUGAAGAUGAAGAUUCAAUGGUUCCUCCUCAUAAAUGGUUGGCAAAUAAAAUGGAGAAAAGGGAGAUGAUGUCAUUUUCUGUCUGUGAAGGUGCUGGAAGAACACUUAAGGGAAGAGAUUUGAUGGAGAUGAGAAAUGUUGUUCUUACUAAGACUGGAUUUCUUGAGUAAUUUCAUCUUGAUCUUGAUCUUCAUCCUAUGUUUAUAAAUAACUUUUGAUUGUUAGUUCUCUGGUUUUUUAGUUGUUU